CGUGCCCAGUCGGUUCUCUCUCGCUCUCGCUGGAAAAAGGCAAAGGUAAACAGUGGACAAAGACACCGGUAGGGAUAACAAAGGAAUCGGAGAGUGUUUGCACCGGAAGCGGAAGUGCAGCCAUUUGCAGUAUCCCAAAAACAAGGAAAUUACUCAUCCGCAUUACCGAAAUUACGCAUACGCACAGCAGACAAAGAAAAGAAGUUGGAAAAUAACUGAAUAAGGAAAUUAAGCAUACGCACGGUUGGCAGCUGCCUGUUAAUAAGGAAAUUACUCAUACGCCACCGUGGCCGUUGGAUGAGCUAGGAUUUUGUGCCAGCAGAAAAGAUGGGUACACCUCAUGUCUGCUUCGCUGAUGAGCAGCAGCAGGAGCUACAACAACAACACAGGACUGCCAGUAAUGGCAGCCUGAACAACAACAACAACAAACUGGAUGUGGGCUACAACAACACCGGUGGCACUCCAUCGCCGGGCGGCAGUCUCAGCGUUUCGCCAACACCGCGCUACGAACGCAAUCUGGGCUUCUUUCGGCAGCUGAGCCGCCGCUUCGGCCUGAGGUCGCAGGAUGACCUAGUUCACUCGGAUGACGCAGCCAGCGUUGCAACAUCGAGGAGCGGCGGAGGCGGCUGUGGCGGUGGAGUAGCCGGGGUCACUCUCCAGGAGGAGGACGCGCACAGUUCAUCGACCGACUCGUGCUCCUCGGGGCGUGGCCUCAACGCUCACCAGUCGCGUCUGGAGCUGAUGUCCAUGUCGUGCGCCUCCAGCGAAACGAGCAGCACGCUGGACAUCGAGGAGCAGCAGGAGCAAAUGCAGCACCAGCAGUUGCAGCAUCAGCAGGCGCAGCAAUCGAAACGGAAGCCGAUUAGCCGCGCCAGUUUCUCGCGUCUCCAUCGGCGCUCCACAUCCUCGCUGCGUCGCGCCUUCGAGAGCCUUUCGCUAACCUCGCGUUCGCUGUCCUGCAGCGGUCCCUCCCCUCCGCCGCCCCUUCCCGCAGCCGGCGCACAGCCAGCAGCUGCAUUGCCUUUGAAGUCGGCUCUCAAAUCCGCCUCGAAUGUCGAGCUGCACAGGCAGCAACAGCAACAACAAAAGCAACCAACCGGCAGGUCAUCAUCAUCGUGCUGCGGCUCGGCGUCCAAGAACAACAAGGUGAAGCCGCCGCCACAAAGGAUCCUGCGGCAGCCCGUCUCCUACACAUAUCUCAAAGGCAUGUCCGGCCUGCCAACGCAGCGAGUGCCGCGCAGCUCCGUGUGUUGUCAGUACGCCAGGCGUUAAGGAUCUCAUGAUCAAGGGUAAAUCAUCUAGAACAGUAUAUGCAGGAUAUUAAGGCACUGAAAGAAAUCAGCUAGUAAUACGUAUUUUCGAUUUCCUUUUA